AUUUAAUCUUUUUGCACGUGCUUUUUACAACAAAACGUUCCUUACGAAAACAUACGUUUAGGCCGCUCUUUUUUCUAAUUUUUCUGGUUAUGCACAUUGAUACACAAAAACAAAAUUGAGAAUUAGUGCCAAAAAACUGAACAAUUUGUCAAAAAUUAAUUACUCAUGCCUCCAACCUUGCCACCUCUGCCUCUGGAACCGGAAGCCACUGAACCAGUUAGACGAAAGAAACGAAGGCCAAAACCAGCUGUCGAGGCCGGCGAAGACCAGAGCGAUGUACGUGAACAAAAUCGCGAGCAGCCGACGUUAGAUAGCACAACCACAUUAGAGGCAGACACGACAGUAAAACCGAGGCGCAAAAAACGAAAGUCGAAAGCAGAAACGAUAGAAAGCAAUGCCGAGGGCCUGGAAAACACUCAGGACGAGACACGAAACGAUGAAUCGGGUCUGGCGGAAACAAAAACAGCAGUGAAAAAGCGGCGAAGGAAAUCAAAACCGACUUCGAGACUCAAUGAGACGUUCGAUUUCUCGGGGGAGCUACCCGAAGAGUUCGAAGGCUUGCAGGAUGAUUUCAUUGAGCCCAAUGCAAAACCAGUUGAAGCUGCCGAAACCGAUCGGUCAAACGAACAGCUCGUGAAACCGAAUACAAAUAAGAUGUCAUCUAAACGAGUUUUUGUCGAAACGAGGUCUGGUUUCACCUCAAGCGGACUUCGUAAGACAAUGGCGUUCGAAGAUGUCGAAGAAAAUGAAGCAGAAAAUGAUACAUUUGAAGGCGCAACAGUCAAAGCUGCAGUUUGGACCCAAAAAUUUUUCCACGGACUGGGAGUGUUUAUGUACGGACUAACAGCGGGUUUGGGUGUUAUGCAGGCUAUUUUUGUAAUGAUUUUAAUCGAUCACAGUUACGAAGAGUUUGUCAAGAUUUACGAGAACUUGGGGCUCCCGUUUUUGUGCUCAUUUUACCUCCUCACAACGUUGUGUUUGGUGACAACCCUGGAUAAAUGGGACCUGGAAAAACCCAGGAGAGGUUAUUUCAGCACUUUGGUCAGAUGCAACGCUGGACUUUGGGCUUCGAUAGCCUAUUUUCUAGCCCUGGGACUGACAUGUGUCAUUUCGACAUACGAGGACAAAAUACAGCUCUCCAACAAUUUUCCGAAUCUGUGGUACGGAAACUACUCCCUGACAUUCAUCAAAUCAGAAAACGGGGAUACUUACGACAGAAACUUGACCGAAACUUCAUCAGUGCAUAAUUUUACUGGUGACGAAAGUCUGGACGUUUUCAGCUAUCUGGUCAUCGGCAGAGCGUUGCUUCUGGUUCUAGGCUGGCUCUACGUUUCGAUCCAACCUCAAACUGACGGGUUGGUUGAAAACUUAAAAGAUAUGGAACUGGGAUAUAAAGACGAACAUACAAAGGGCGUCGCAAUUAUAAGUUGAUGCCCUAAAUGAUUUAUAAAAAUUUUCUAUUAAUUUUUUUCUUAUUUUCCAAUUUCUAAAUUUACAUAUGAAUCAUG